UCGUCCGCCACGCGAUUCCCUACGCAUCCACAGUAGUCCACAAACGCCAACGCACUAUCGAGAAUCGCUGGCGUAGGUUGCUGUUGGAGUUCCCUCGGCGGUGAGGCGAGGCGAUGGGGCGGCGGGGGAAGGUGGAGCUGCGGCGGAUCGAGGACCGGACCAGCCGCCAGAUCCGCUUCUCCAAGCGACGUAGCGGCCUGUUCAAGAAGGCGUACGAGCUCGCGGUGCUCUGCGACGCUGAGGUCGCGCUCGUCGUGUUCUCCCCUGCCGGGAAGCUCUACGAAUUCUCCAGCAUAUCCAGUCUGGAGAGCACAAUGGAACGGAGCAAGAAAUAUGUGGAUUCAGAGAAAACAGUUGACAAACUUGAUGUUAACGCUCAGAGUCAUGAAGAAAUUGCUUGUCUAGGAGAUGAUCCCAAAUUGCUGGAGAUUGGUAAAAGAUUACAAGAGAGAAAAUUUUCAAAGCUAAACGCAGAUGAGCUUGAAGCAUUGGAGAAAGACCUAAGCUAUGCAUUAAAUCGCACAAGUAAAAGAAAGGCGGCAGUUGGCGUGCGCAUACAGGGUAACGGUGUCCACGUCGACGCCGGCAAUAAAGGUGCCAGCAUCGGGAAUGAGAUCGUGGAGGUAAGGGAUCACGAAGGCGCAUGAAGGACCACCGUCGCUGGUGGUCAGCCGGACGUAGACACGUACAACGCCGUGGUUUGCUGACUGCUCCAUCACUGUUGAACCUCCACCGCUUUCACUGCCCUUACAAGUGUUCAAUCCGUACAAUGACUUCCAAUUAUUUAAUGGCAUUUUUCUUCUUUCACAUGGCACAUUCUAAAGGUUCUCACGUAAUCAUCCUCCCUUUCUUAAGAAACAUUCUAAGGAAUGCUGUGACGUCUGCUGUUCUUUCUUUCUGAUUGUGCAGCCGGGGAAAGAUGGCAACUUUAGGACAUAAAUCAACUUAGUACACGACAAACAGAUUUAAGAUCAAUGAUACUUUGGACAGUUGUGGAUAAAUAUGGUGACAUGAAUGUAAGUAGUGUAAUCUUUCUGCUUGUUUA